AUGAACAAUCCACUCAACCUUGACAUUCGCCAACAAGCUUUUCAGCUCGGCAGCUCCUAUAUCAACAAAACAAUCUCCACUAACCGGUUUGAGUCUCUCCGCCGCUACUUUCAAAUUGACAAUAUCUAUCUAAUCAAAAAACUGCUAUUAAUCCUCUAUCCAUACAGCCACAACGCCUGGGCAGCCACCACCACCCGUGACUCAAUGAAUGCAGCAAUCUAUACCCCUGAUCUGUACAUUCCCUUGAUGGCUGCAGUCACUUACAUUCUCUUUUUAGCCGGUGAAUUAGAAAUUCAGAAUAAGUUCAAACCCGAGAUUCUGGGCAAACUAACCUCUAAAGCCAUCAUCCUGGACUUCUUAGAAGUAGUUCUGGUGAAGGGAAUGAGCUUCUUCUUUGAAGCACGAGAUAUGGAAUUCUUAGACAUUUUAUCCUUUGUGGGGUAUAAGUACGUACCACUCGUUAUUAUGAAGACGUGCGCACUCUUUCUGAAUGCUUUACUGCGUAAGUUAGUUUGGGUAGCUCUUUUGGCAUCGUUUAUUCUAUUUCAUGGGAAGUCUUUAAAGUACUUUUUGAUAUCAGACAAUGCCGUUAUAGAUGUUAAGAAGAAGCGCAUGUACUUUCUAGUUAUUGCAGUAAUGAUUGAUCUACUUAUUAUGGUGAUAUUGAAAUGA